GCUCUCUUUCACAUCUCUGGACCUCAGUCUUGAGACAACAGUUGGAAUAAGGAGCCACUCAAACUACUAGAGGGAUAUUACAGUUUAUAUCAGCAACAGCAAAGAUGCAAGCAGUCAGGUCUCUGUUUGUCCCCAAGUGGUCUUCAGAUGUACGUCUAGAAGGGAAGACAGCGAUAAUAACCGGAGCCAACGUUGGGAUAGGCAAAGAGACAGCAAAAGACUUGGCCGGCAGAGGUGCACGGGUGAUUUUGGCAUGCAGAGACAUGGCGAAAGGAGAGCAGGCUGCUCGUGACAUCAUGAGGGAGGUGAAGGGAGCCAAGGUAGUCGCCAGGCAACUGGAUCUGACUGACACCAAAUCGAUCUGCCAGUUUGCUGAGAAUAUCUACAACACUGAGAAGGCUCUUCACUACCUGAUCAACAAUGCAGGCGUGGCUAUGUGUCCUUACGGCACAACAGUGGAUGGAUUUGAGAUGCAGUUUGGGGUCAAUCAUUUGGGUCAUUUCUUCCUGACCUUUCUGUUACUGGACUUGCUGAAGCACUCGGCCCCAUCCCGGGUCAUCAACUUGUCCUCGAUCGCUCACAACAUGGGCAAGAUCCAGUUUGAUGACCUGAGCGGCGAGAAAGACUACCACCCUAUCAAGGCCUACGCACAGAGCAAGCUGGCCAACGUCCUGUUUACAAGAGAGCUGGCUAAAAGGACUGAGGCUAUGGGUGUGAUGGCUUACUCUGUGGACCCUGGCUCAGUGAACACUGAAAUCACCAGGCACAUAAGGCGCCCUCUUGUGGACGCAAUCAAGAUGUUCGGUUUCCUGAUCAAGACCCCAGCAGAGGGAGCCUACACCACCAUCUACUGCACCGUCACUCCUGAGAACCAGCUGCUGACUGGAGGACACUACAAGGACUGUGCCAUUGCAGACAGCUGCAGGGCAGCUCAGGAUGACGGCACUGCCUUAAAGCUGUGGGCUGUGAGCUGCCACCUGCUAGGCAUCCGCUGGAGAUAAAAUUACAUUUAAAUAUGCUCUCCUUUAGCACUACACAUACAUAUAGUGAUAUCCUAAAUGAGCUGCUACAAAUAUUAUGCUGAUGCUAGAUUUACUGAAUGCUGACAAUGUGAUGUAGGUGAUGGACAAAGAAAUGUGUUACGAAUACCAAAACAAGCCUAAUCUUAUUGUCGUAAUAGGUUGUGAUUGGUUGUGAAGGCUGAGGUGCCAAAAUGUUGGAAAAAGAAAAUUUUUUAUUGGUUGUGGCCAAUA